AUGGCUCAAUACACGCAACAGUUCCUUAGUAGCGUCCUCUCGCAGCGGGGUCCGUCGGCGCUGCCGUACGCGGAGGAUGUCAAGUGGUUAAUCCGUCAGCAUUUAGUUGCUCUCACGGAGGCAUAUCCCUCACUGCAGCCGAAGACCGCCACGUUUACACACAACGACGGCCGCACGGUUAAUCUUCUUCAGGCAGACGGAACGGUGCCGAUGCUCUUCCAGGGUGUUACUUACAAUAUUCCGGUUGCGAUCUGGCUCAUGGAGUCAUACCCCCGCCACGCGCCGCUAGUUUUUGUCAACCCCACCCGGGAUAUGAUCAUCAAACGCCCCCACGCUUUUGUCUCACCCAACGGCGUGGUUUCGAUUCCGUAUAUUCAGAAUUGGGUUUACCCAAGUUCUAAUCUUGUUGAAUUGGCUCGGAAUUUGAGUCACUUUUUUGGCCGAGAUCCGCCCCUGUAUUCGCAGCGCAAGCACUCAAACCCUAAUCCUAGUCCUAAUUAUGCUAGUAAUAAUUUGUCCAGUGUAAAUUCGUCUAUGGGGUCUGCUGUGGCACGGCCAGCAAUACCUCCUAGGGUCUAUUCACCUUCACCUACACCAACUCCACCUUACGGGAGUGGGAGUGCUUAUGGGUCGGGAAGGAUAAUGGAGGAUCCGGCUGAGGUUUUUAAGAAAAAUUCUAUAAAUAAGCUUGUGGAGAGCUUGAAUGGCGAUAUUAGGGAGUUGAGGAAGGCGAGGGAGGCAGAGAUGGAAGGACUGUUUAGUGCACAAGCAGUAUUGAGGAAGCGUGAGGAAGAGUUAGCAAAAGGAUUGAAAGAAAUGCAGGAUGAAAAAGAGGGGUUGGAGCAGCAAUUGCAGAUGGUUUUGAUGAAUUCUGAUGUGUUGGAAGGAUGGUUGAGGGAGAAUGAGGAGAAAAUGGGGAAAAAGGAAAUUAAUAGUGUGGAUGUGGAUGACGCAUUAGAGCCUUGCGAUGCCCUUUCAAAACAGAUGCUGGAUUGCACAGCAUCUGAUUUGGCUUUGGAGGACGUGAUUUAUGCACUAGAUAAAGCGGCCCAGGAAGGGGCGAUACCAUUUGAUCAAUACUUGAGGAAUGUGAGGCUUUUGUCACGGGAGCAGUUUUUUCAUCGAGCCACAGCUUCGAAAGUCAGGGCUGUUCAGAUGCAGGCUCAGGUUGCCAGUAUGGCUUCCAGGGCAUCACCACAAUAUGCGAUCUGA